AUGUACACCAAUCUUCUCAAAUUAUUCGGAUAUAUGAUUUUAUUAUGUGGCAUCCUGAAUCUCUCUGAAAUUAUAUGGUCUCGUUUGCAGUUGAGCAAAAAGCUUGCAGCAAAGAGCUCAACAACCUACGAAAUAAACUUUGCUAACUUUUCUCAGCACUACAAAUAUAUAUUGUUGCCGAGCUCUUCAACACUAUCUUCAUGUCUUGGAAACGGCGGACGCAGCCCUCUAAUGAUCGCCACUGUCUUAUCCAUUGCAAAUCAUACCGAGGAGCGCCAAGCUGUACGUGAAACCUGGGCAUCAGAAAGAGAAUCGAAAUUCAUUAAAACCCACUACGUGAUAGUAUUCUUCAUCAUAUCUGCUACAUCCAAAAACGAUCUACAAAUUGUGCAGAAAGAGCAAGAAGAGUAUGACGAUUUGAUUGUCACAGACUUGCACGAAGCCUUCAAGAAUUUACAUCUCAAAGUCUACGCGUCUAUGGUCUUCCAUCAACAAUACUGUCCAUCGGCGCAAUUUCUCAUGAAAGUUGACGACGAUGUCGCACUCAACCUUGAUCGCAUGGUUGAUACAUGGAAAAGAGACAAUGAAUCUAUUCGCUCUAUUUUCUGUCACGUUUGGAAAAAACCACAUCCAAACAGAAACAUCAACAGUAAAUAUUACAUUCCCAAAAAUGUGUGGCCAAGCGAACAUUACCCGCCUUUUUGCAGUGGUCCUAUGUAUAUAAUGGGUAGAGAGGCUAGUCAGCUCAUCCUUGACUAUGCUCCCUCAUUUACGCCACUAGGUGGAUUGGAUGACCCAUUCUACACUGGUAUUAUUGCCGAAGAGGCAAAGAUUCGAAGAGUUCAUUGGGAAGCUAGCGUGACUUUGGAUUUCCGGAAAUUUUCGCUGAAGCGCAAUAAAUCAAAGGAGGUGAAGAUUUUCGUUCAUUCGUUGCAUUCACCAGAACAUCUUCGAACAGUUUUUCAACUUAUGAAAGAUAUAAUAAAUAUAUUUUUCAAACUUUUUGGGUAUGCUGACUGCCAUAGACGAAUCGUAAAUAACUGCUUAUUCCAAAGGCUCCUCCGCGGUCGCUCAGCUUGA